AUGCACACUGUGAGACAAUCGUUUCUUCUUCGAUCAUUAAAUUCCCGUCAAAUCCGUUCGUUUUCGUCGCAUUUGUUCGAGAUCAACCCAGAAGUGAAAUCAGCUUUAGCUGAACAUCGCCCAGUUGUUGCUUGCGAAACAGCAAUUCUCACACAUGGUCUGCCACGUCCAGUGAAUAUUGAAACAUGUCUGCAAAUCGAACAGAUUAUUCGUAAGCAUGGUUCAAUUCCGGCAACUAUCGGCAUUUUAAAUGGUCGAAUUAAAAUUGGACUCACCCAAACUGAACUUGAACAACUUGGUUCUUCGAAAGACGUCGAAAAAGCAUCGCGUCGAGAUCUGCCGUAUCUCAUAUCUCGUCGUGCAUCAGCUGGAACUACGGUGGCUGCGACGAUGCUUAUCGCCCAUCGUUGCGGCAUUUCGAUCUUUGCCACUGGUGGUGUUGGCGGUGUUCAUCGAGAUUCACAAAUAACAGGUGAUAUAUCAUCCGAUCUCGACGAAUUAGGUCGUACACCGGUUUGUGUGAUUUCAAGCGGUGUUAAAUCAAUUCUCGAUAUUCCUAGAACGCUUGAAUAUCUAGAAACGAAAGGUGUCGGAGUUUACACUUUUGGUGAGACAAACGAGUUUCCGAAUUUCUUUACACGGACAAAUGAAGUUGGAUCGAGAUCGUGUGCUGCCAUUCGAACUGUAGAAGAAGCUGCUCAACUUGUUCGUAGUAUGAUCGACUUGAAACUUGACUCUGGUCUGCUAUUAGCUGUUCCCAUUGAUAAAGAAGACGAAAUUGUUACAAACACUGGAAAAAACAUCGAAUCAAUCAUCGAAGAAUCUCUUCAACAAGCAACAAAAGAAGGUAUUAUCGGAAAUAAAGUUACACCCUAUGUGCUCGGCAAGAUUCGUCAGCAAACCGGUAAUAAAUCGAUCAAAACGAAUCAGAACUUGGUCUAUAAAAAUGCUCGCAUUGCCUCACAAAUUGCCGCAUGUUUAUCAUCGAGCCAACCAACGUCUUCGUCACUGAUUUUGCUUGGCGCACGAAAUCUUGAUUUACAUAUUCAACUUCAUGCUGACUUUGUUCCGAACAAAGGUUCAACUCUACCGUGUCGUUUGCAACAAAAUCUCGGUGGAGUCGCAUACAAUGUUACACAUGCACUUCAUCUAUUGAAAACACCUUCGAUUCGUCUUCUCACAGUUUCGGGUACAUCAACAGGAAUGCUCCGAACUGAUCCGGUUCCGACAAUUGUUCAUGAAAUACCGGGCGAAUCUACAGCGAGUUACAUUUCUCUACUUGAUUCGAAAUCCAGUGAACUCAUUUGUGGUUUUGGUGAUAUGAGUAUCUACGAACGACAAAUUACACCAGAUUUUCUCGACAAAAAUCUUUCGAUUCUAAUUAAAAGUCAAUGGAUCAUGUUCGAUGCUAAUUUAAGUCGAUCCGCCAUUAAACAUCUCAUCGAUAUCGGUGUCAAGUACGAGAAAAGAUUAGCUUUCAUAUCAGCCGGUGGUCCAAGAAAAGCCGAACGAAUCAGCGAACAUCUUCGAAAUCUUCAUGUACUCUUCUGUAAUCGUUUGGAAUUCGAAGCGAUCACUCAUUCGUCGUCAAUUGAGUCGAGUUUGAGAAAGGUGUUAACAGAAAACCGAGAUCUCAAGUUGAUCUGCAUCACCAUGGGUGCAAAUGGUGUUCUCGUCGGUACCAAUGAUCGAAUAAGACGAUACAAAGCAUUGGCUCUGAAUAAAACUCAACAUGAAAUUCGAAAUGUUACGGGUGCAGGCGACAGUUUCGCUGCUGGUGUGAUGAGUCAAUUGUUGAAAUCCAAUCUCGAGAAUCUUGAGCGAGCCAUUGCUUGCGGCUUACUAGCGGCGAAAUUUACUUUAACAUCCGCUAAUACGAUCAGUGAACGAUUGCAUACUAUUGAUGACGCGAUGCUUGAUGAAAUUUGUUCCAACGAACUACAAUAUGAGAAUGUUAAUCUGUAA